AAAAAGGGAAACAGUGCGGGGUCCGCAGGCCGCAGGAUUCGAACCGAACGUCCGCUCGGAACCGGGAGCUGGCCGAGCGGCGCGGGCCAAUCAGCGGCGGCGGCUCGCGGCCCCCGAACGUUGGGACCCGGCCCCGCCCCGCGCUGUUGUUUGUGUGUCGGCGGCCGCGGGAGCCGGACCACGACACUCGCCCGGCGGGCAGCGGGGUCGGCGAGGGUCCGGAGGCCGCGGGCGGCGGGAGCGCGAGCCGAGGGCGGCCGGCCUCCCGCGGCCGCCGAGCCCGACCGCGCGCCGGCGGAGCCAUGUCGGUGAACAUGGAUGAGCUGCGGCACCAGGUCAUGAUCAACCAGUUCGUCCUGGCCGCGGGCUGCGCGGCCGACCAGGCGAAGCAGCUCCUGCAGGCGGCCCACUGGCAGUUCGAGACCGCCCUGAGCACGUUUUUCCAAGAAACCAACAUUCCCAACAGCCACCAUCACCACCAGAUGAUGUGCACCCCCAGCAACACGCCGGCCACGCCGCCCAACUUCCCCGACGCCCUGGCCAUGUUCUCCAAGCUGCGCACGUCCGAGGGCCUGCAGAGCAACAACAGCCCCAUGACGGCCGCGGCCUGCUCGCCCCCUGCAAACUUCAGCCCCUUCUGGGCCUCGUCCCCGCCCAGCCACCAGGCCGCCUGGAUGCCGCCCUCCUCCCCGACGGCCCACAGCUUCCACCACCUCCACCACCCACAGCCCACGUGGCCCCCCGGAGCCCAGCAGGGGGGCGCCCCGCAGAAAGCCAUGGCUGCCGUGGACGGCCAGAGAUGAGACUGGACACGCCGCGCGCUGGGCUGGAGCUGGGCAGUCUGUGUCGUGGGGACACAGGAGGGCCGGGUCGGGGGUUGGGGCGGGCGGGGGUUUCCUGAAGAUCGCACUGGAAGAUUUUAUAAAGGAAUUUUGGGGGGUGGGGGGAAUAGCAAACUUCCUGAGCCACUUGGGUCCUUCAGGAGUUUCUCUUCAGGCAAGUUUUUUCUGUUUUUAAUAUAUAACUGUAAUAUAUAAAUAUAUAAAUAUGACUAACUAUG